AUGUUGCCAUCAAAUUUAUAUUCUAUUACAAUAUUAGUAUUUGUCAUCUGUUCCGUUAGUACCGCAUAUGAUAUUGUGGUUUAUGGUGCUACACCUGGUGGUAUUGCUGCAGCAAUAACAGCAGCUCGAAUAUCAUCUUCCUUUUCAAUUGUUAUUAUUGAACCAACAUCGUAUAUAGGCGGCAUGUCAACAGCUGGUGGAAUUGGUUUACGAGAUCUUGGCUUAGAAAUCACUAUUGCGGGUUCUGUUGCACAAGACUGGGUAAAUAAUAAUUAUAAAUAUUAUAAAAAUGUAACGAAUCCUAUUUAUCAACCUGAUAUGAAUGUAAGCCGACAAAGUUUUCUUGAUUUACUUUCUAUGUAUCCAAAUAUUCAAUUAAUCACUGGAACAGGACCAUUGAUUGAUAAAAGCAUACAAAUGAAUAGUACACGUAUUGUUCAAGUAACUACAUUUGAUGAUCGACGUACAUGGAAAGCAUCUGUAUGGAUUGAUGCUAGUUAUGAAGGUGAUCUUGUUCGAUAUUCAGGUGCUUCUUAUACAUGGGGUAGAGAAUCACGUAAUCAAUAUAAUGAAUCAUAUGCUGGUGUACAACCUUAUACAACAUUUGCUAAUUUCAUACCUAAUUAUCCUGUUAAUGCUACAUUAGACAAUGGAACAUUAGCUCCAUACAUCUCACCUGAUAAAUUAGGUCAAGUAGGUUCUGCUGAUUUGAAUAUGAUGGGAUAUUCAUAUCGUUUAUGUAUAACACCAAACCAAAAAAAGCAAGCACCAUUUGUUAAACCCAAAAAUUAUGAUCCAAAUAAUUUUGUUAUUUUACAACGAUAUAUAGAUUCAUUAAUGACUUCAGGAAAAUAUCCAACAGGACCUCCAUUUGAUAAACUUGUUGAUGUAUUGAUUUAUCGAGGUUAUCCAUCUGGUGAUAAAUUUGAUAUGUGUGAUAGUUUUGGAAGUGCUUUUACAAGUGAUGCAAUUAAUUUAAAUCGAAAUUAUGUUAAUGGUACAACUCAAGAUCGUCUUCAUAUUGCAGAAAUUGUCUCCGACUAUGUACUUGGUAUGAUUUGGUAUAUUCUUACUUCUCCAUUUGUUCCGGAAGUGACACGAAAUUCAUUACAAAAAUAUGGUUUAUGUAAUGAUCAAUGGCCAGAAAAUAAACAUAUACCACCACAAUUGUAUGUUCGUGAAGGACUUCGUUUAAUCAAUGAAAAUGUUUUUACACAAAAUCAUGUUGUAAGUGGUUUAUGUCGUAAUGAUACAAUAGCAUUAGGUAGUUGGGUUCAUGAUAUACAUGUUGUUACACGAACAGUCAAUGAAUCUUAUGUUAAUAAUGAAGGAGCAAUGUUUAAAUCAAUUGCACAUAUAAAUGGUUCUAAAAGUGGAUCAGCUUUUGAAAUACCAUAUUCGAUAUUACUACCAAAAAGAAAUGAAGUUACAAAUUUACUUGUACCUGUAUGUCAUGCAGCAUCUCAUGUUGCUUAUGCAGCUACUCGAGUUGAACCACAUUUUAUGUUGUUAGGUGGUGCUGCUGGAUAUGCAGCUGCUUAUUCAAUAUUAAAUGGUAAUAUUGAUGUACAAACAGUUAAUAUUAGUCGCAUACAAGAAACAUUAUUACGAGAUGGCGUACUUUUACAUUAUCCAGUCGGACAUUGUGAUUAA